AUGCCGCUGUUUGGAAAAUCCCACAAGAGUCCCGCCGACAUUGUCCGAACCCUGAAGGAGAACAUGGCCAUUCUCGUCAAACAGGACAAAAAAACGGAGAAGGCUUCUGAGGAGGUGUCUAAGUGCCUGGUGGCGAUGAAGGAGAUCCUCUAUGGGACCAAUGACAAAGAACCCCACACAGAGACAGUGGCUCAGCUGGCACAGGAACUCUACAACAGCGGCCUCCUCAUCUCACUUGUUGAAAACCUCCAGGUCAUUGAUUUUGAGGGUAAGAAGGAUGUGUGCCAGAUCUUCAACAACAUCCUCAGGAGGCAGAUUGGAACCCGCAGCCCAACGGUGGAGUAUUUUUGCUCACACCAAGAGGUGCUCUUCAUCCUGCUGAAGGGCUACGAGACCCCCUUGGUAGCACUGAACUGUGGGAUCAUGUUGCGGGAGUGCAUCCGGUACGAGCCCCUGGCCAAGGCAGUGCUGCACUCGGAGCACUUCCAGGACUUCUUCAGCUACGUGGAGAUGUCCACUUUCGACAUCGCUUCUGACGCCUUCGCCACCUUCAAGGAUUUGCUCACGAGACACAAAGUUCUGGUGGCGGAGUUUUUAGAACAGAAUUACGACACAGUGUUCAGCGACUAUGAGAAGCUGCUGCGCUCAGAGAACUACGUUACAAAGCGACAGUCGCUGAAGCUUCUGGGAGAGCUUCUCCUGGACAGACACAAUUUCACAGUGAUGACUCGCUACAUCAGCAAGCCAGAGAAUCUCAAACUCAUGAUGAACCUGCUGCGAGACAAAAGUCCCAACAUCCAGUUUGAGGCCUUCCAUGUCUUCAAGGUGUUUGUUGCCAACCCCAACAAGACUCAGCCCAUUGUGGACAUCCUCCUGAAGAACCAGACCAAACUGAUCGAUUUCCUUAGUAAUUUCCAGAAGGAUCGCACGGAUGACGAGCAGUUCAACGAUGAGAAAACCUACCUGAUCAAACAAAUCCGGGACCUGAAGAAACCCGCUUCUUAGAACCCCCCCGUCCCCGUCACUACCUUGCCAACUCUUUUUCUAUUGAGAAAGCGACAAUAAUAGUAUCAAUAAUAAUUGUAUUUAAAAUAUUGAAUACUUUUUUUGUUUAAAAGGCUCUCAAAAAUAGUUCUCAAUCACAGAUCUUCUACAUCUGUUUUACUUUAACUGUGUUUUUAUCACUAGUGUUGUGCCACUCUUCGAUUUUAAUACAUUGUUGAAUGCAAGUUUUGUUAAUUUUCAAAAGAGAGCCAAAGGUUAUUAAAAUUGUAGUUGGAAUUUGAUCUUCUCUUGCAGAAUUGAAUAGAUUACAAAGACCUAUGACAUAGCAGGUAGCAUAGUGGUGACAGCCAUCGCUUUGCAGUCAACAGAUCUGUGUUUGAAUCCUCGUUCCCACGUUAAAAAAAAAAAAAAGAAAUCCCUAGCUAUACGAAUGAGUAGAGGCAUUGUAAGCAGCCUACUACACAAGCUGCUACUCAGUUUUUAUUUUUAAAUCAAAUUCCGAAAUAUGCACUAUGUAGCCAUCACUGCUAAUCCUUUCAUUCAGAACUUGUCCAGCAAAUGACAUUGCAGUGGUUGUUAUUGUUCAUUUGUAGAAGGUCAGAGUGAUUUGCCAACUUUUCUUAUACCUUAGGAAAGGAAAACACAUUAGGUUAUUCCAAAUUACCAGAUACAGAUACGAAGAUUCUCCUUUUGCCGAGUGUCCAGGCGCCAGUCUUCAACUUGCAUUCCUUAGCUCUUUUUCUCCUCUCUGUAUGGGUCUUAACACUUUUCUCUUUUGAAAGUAGCUCUUUUGGUGACUUUUACACCAAUACAGUUUGUACCAUAGAAACAAAACGAUUUCAGUUUGCGUGCUGCUUAGAAAGAAAUGAUCAAAUGCCAAACAGGAAAUCCGUGGAGUGGCACUCUAUCAGCUAAAGAAACCAUCUGUAAAAUUGACAGGAAGUCUCGCCAGCCAGUGGUUUGGAAGCAUACUAGUAUGAUUCGUUUUAAGAAGCAAUGAUUUCACACAGAUUCGCAUUUCAUGCCGACUGAAUCAGUAUUUUAUUUGUAGUUCUACCGAAUGACAUUUUCAAGUGACACUAUAACCAAAGUCUUGGUUUUCUUCAUGGUUCAGUGCUACUAGUACUACUAUAUUACUAUAUUUAGGUUUAUGAUAUUAGCAUAUUUUCUUGUUAAACAGGGCUGUAUUUUUAUUUAGUUGUGUUUUAAUGUGUAAAGGCUGGUUUUACACAUCUAGAGUGCCAUUUAGAGUGGCUUGAUUUAAAACAAAAAAUAUUCUUGGCACUUUCUACUUUUUUGUAGCUUUUCCUCCAGUUAAUGUACGAGAGGAAUUAUGAUAUUAUUUUAUGACUGGUAUUUAUACGUGUGUGAUCUGUAAUGUGAUUUUUAUUUCGCUCUUGAUUAUUUUAAGUCAGGAGAAAUGCAUUGUGGGCCUGUGAACACACAAAAACAGUUGGAGAGGAAGACAGUUAAGAGGUGCCUUUUGUUUUUGUGUUCCUUCUCUUUUGCUUUUUUUGCAGUUUACUUUCCAGGGGGAGCUUAAUCUUCUAGAAUGAUGCUCUAGUUGAACAUAUUUGCGGUGGUUAAGCAGUGAACCCCUUUUAAUGGUCUAUUUUUGAAUUAUGCUGUUCAAAACAUUUAUUUCAAGCUACUGCUGAGAUAUUCAUUGAGUUUUUAAAUGUUGUUUGCAUAUGAAAUGAUGUAAUCAAACAAGGACCAGGAGACCAUCAGCAAGGCUUACGAUGCCUUUCUUUCCCUUUUAGGCCUCAUUUUAAUGGAAAAUCUGGGGAAUAGUAGCCUAAAUGAGUCAUUGAACACCUCAGUAAAAUUACCAUGAUUUUUAACCUCACAAAAUUCCAUUUAAAAAUUACUAACAGGUAUUGUAAGGAGCAAUGUUUCAUGGAGGGUUCUACAAAGCAUUUGUAUAAUUUCCUCCAAUUGCUUGUGAAUAUGUACCUUAUUUCUGUUUUUCACCCAACAUUUAAUGACAGUUUGGUGCAGCAUUACAUAUAUGGGAUAAAUUCAGCUGUAACCAGUGACUAGUAAAUCAGGAAGACUGUCUUGAGUCAGAGACAGUAAUAAUAAUAAUCAAAAUCUACCUGAGCCAAAUUCACUUCUGACCCUCCUUUAGGAAGGGAUAUAGAAUGUUUUCUUCACUUUUUGUGUACUAACAAAGUAAACAUAAAAUAACAGAGAACAGACCUAUUUUUCACAUUUUGAAAUGUGGAAUUUAAGACAACACACAGUUGUAUAUCAUCACCCAAUGCUACUGUACCACAUCACCCAUAAUGA